AUGAGGGGGCCACUGGCUCCUUAUUGCCUGUCACUGCAUACCUGUGGGAAACAAGCCAUUCUGGGGACUCUGAGAAUCACCCUGAAGUCCCUCAUCGAAGGACAGAGAAGUCAGCCCAUCCUGUGUUAUGAUUACAAUCUGAUACCCAGCUCCUACAGGACAGGAGUCACCUCAAACACCACGCACACAGGACCCAGGGUCCCCAACCCGGGGCACCCCUGUGCCAACAUGGCCCAGACAGGUGUCCCCCUCUGCAGCCCUGGGUACCUCACCUCUGCCUCGCAGGCCACCCUGCUCUUCAGCCUGGUCCUCGCCUCCUUCCACUUGUUCUGCGGUACAGAAGCCAGCAGCGGCAACUCUACCCUGAGUAUACACCACCCAGACCCUGGGACCCUGGAGCAGUGUGCCAAUGUGGACUUCUGCCCACAAGCCUCGCUGUGCUGCCGAGCUUCAGUGGAUGAGUACGGUUGGAUUGCUGCGGCGGUCGGCUGGAGUCUCUGGUUCCUCACCCUCAUCCUGCUGUGUGUGGACAAACUGAUGAAACUAACUCCAGAGGAGCCCAAAGACCUGGCAGCGUGAGCCACGGCUCCAACAAUGGCUAUUCCCACUGUGUGUGGAGACUAGAGG